AUGGCAUUAGUAUCAGCAACUCCUUAUUUAGCUUUGCUAAGUGAACAAGAUCCAAGUUUAAAAUCCUACGCUUUAACAUCAUUAAAUGAAAUAGUAGAUCAAUUAUGGGCAGAAAUAGCUAAUAAUAUAACUGAUUUAGAAGAGUUGUACGAAGACAAGUCGUUUGAAAAAAGAACAUUGGCUGCGUUAAUUAUUUCUAAGGUUUACUAUAACUUGGGAGAUUUUGAAGCUUCGGUUAAGUAUUCGCUUUUCGCAGGAGAUGAAUUCAAUAUUGAAGAGCAAUCGCAAUAUAUUGAAACAAUUGUGUCCCAAUGUAUUAAUCUUUAUACGUCUUUGUCUCAGAAGAAAUACAAUGAUAAGACAGUGGAAAUUGAUACCCAAUUGACCGGUAUUUUUGAGAAAAUGGUAGAAAAAUGUAUUAAAUCAAAUGAAUUGAAGUUGGCAUUAGGCAUUUCAUUAGAAAGUUACAGAUUGGAUAUAGUUCAAUCAAUCUUGAAGGAACAAAUCAAGAUAAACGAAGAAGUUUGCUUGAACUUAAUAAACUAUGUACUUGUUUGUUCAAAUUCGGUAAUUAACAACAGCACUUUCAGAACUAAUGUGUUGAAUUCUUUAAUUGAAUUAUUGUUAUCCUUGAAGAAAAACCAAGACUUCUUCACCAUUUUCAAAAUUAUAGUACAAUUGAAUGACUCUAAGAUGGCUAUUCAACUUUUCAAGGAAUUGAUUAAAAAUGAGGAGAAUUUGAUAGCUUAUCAGGGUGCAUUUGAUUUAGUAAGUACGGCGUCUCAAGAACUAUUAGACAGUACUAUUACUGAAUUAAAAAAUGAUGAAGCUUUUGGGGCCACUGAACCUGCUCAGGCGAGAUUAUUGCUUAUUUUAAGCGGUGUUCCAACCUGUGACUUGGAUAUAACUUUCUUGUACAAGAAUAACAACACUGAUAUUUCGAUUUUGAAUAAGUCUAAGAAUUUAUUGGAAGGUAGAAGUUCUAUAUUCCAUUCUGCAGUUACAUUUGCCAAUGCCUUCAUGCAUGCAGGUACUACUGAUGAUUCCUUUUUCAGAAAGAACUUAGAAUGGUUAGGUAAAGCUACCAACUGGUCCAAAUUUUCAGCUACUGCGGCUUUGGGUGUGAUCCAUAAAGGUAAUUUAUCGCAAGGUCGUAAUAUUUUGAAACCAUACUUACCUGGGUCAUCUGGUGCUCCACAUACAAAGGGAGGAUCCUUAUUUGCUCUUGGUUUAAUCUUUGCUGGACAUGGUAGAGAAACAAUUGAUUACUUAAAGCUGUUUGUUGAUGAACAUGGUAAUACUGCGGGCAAUAAUGAUACUGAUGUCAUGUUGCAUGGUGCAUGUCUUGGAUGUGGUGUUGCUGGUAUGGCAUCCAAUAGUGAAAGUGUUUAUGAAGCAUUAAAGGUGGUUUUAUAUUCUGAUUCUGCUAUUUCUGGUCAAGCAGCAGGUUUAGCUAUGGGUUUGGUUAUGUUAGGUUCUGGUAAUGAGACUGCAAUUAAUGAUAUGUUUACUUAUGCCCAAGAAACUCAGCAUGAAAAUAUUAUUAGAGGCUUAGCUAUUGGUAUUGCUCUAUUAAAUUAUGGAAGAGAAGACAAAGCUUUGGAUGUGAUUGAUAGAUUUAUGGCACAGGAAAGUUCCAUCUUGAGAUAUGGAGGAGCUUUUACAAUAGCAUUAGCGUAUGCAGGUACUAGUAACAAUGCGGCCAUUAAGAAAUUAUUACACUAUGCUGUUUCUGAUCCUUCAGAUGAUGUAAGAAGAGCAUCUGUUAUAAGUUUGGGAUUCUUGUUAAUUCGUAAUUAUACUGCAGCUCCACAGAUCGUUGAAUUAUUAUCUCAAUCUCAUAAUCCUCAUGUACGUUACGGUACAGCAUUGGCAUUGGGUAUUUCCUGUGCAGGUAGAAGCUUACACUCUGCAAUUGAAGUCUUAGAACCAUUAACUAAGGAUCCUGUUGAUUUUGUUAGACAAGGAGCUUUAAUGGCUUCUGCUAUGAUAUUGGUCCAACAGAAUGAAAACGUGUACCCAAAGGUUAAAGAAUUUACUGCAAAGUAUGCUGACACCAUAAAGACUAAACACGAAGAUGCAUUGGCUAAAUUUGGUGCUACAUUAGCCCAAGGUAUUAUUGAUGCUGGUGGUCGUAACGUUACUAUUAAUUUAGAAAAUACUCAAACAAACACAUUGAACAUAAAAGCAAUUGUUGGUUUAACUGUUUUCGUUCAAUCAUGGUACUGGUUCCCAUUUGCACAUUUCUUAUCCUUAUCAUUUGCUCCAACUUCAAUUAUUGGUGUCAAAGAAGAUUUGAAGGCACCAAAGUUCGAGCUCAACUGUCAUACGAAGCCAGAAGUUUUCCAAUACCCACCAAAGGUUGAAGAAUCAAAAGAAAAACAACCAGAUAAGAUUACCACUGCUGUUUUAUCUACAACUGUUAAGGCAAAAGCUAGAGCCAAGAAGAAUCAAGCUAAGAAGCAAGAAGAAGAAGGCAUCAAACCAGAACCUACAGAUGACAAGAUGGAUAUCGAUGAAACUGACAAAAAGGCAAAGGAUGACAAAGAAUCCAAGGAAUCUAAGGAAGAUGCGGAAGACUCCAAAAACAAGGAUGAACAACUUUCAAUUCGUUAUACUAAAACUCCUUAUAAAAUUGGAAACUUAUCUCGUGUAUUGCCAGCACAAUCGAAUUAUAUAUCCUUCUCUAAGGAUAGCAGGUUUGUUCCAGUGAGAAGAUUCAGAGGUACAGGCGGUAUCAUUGUUUUAGAGGAUACUAAACCAGAAGAAAAGGUUGAAGUCAUAAAAACCGUUAGACAAUUGAAUGUUACGGAAGCUCCAUUACCUGAGCCAUUCACGUUGAGCGGUGAUGAUUUAAAAGAUGAUGACGAAUAG